UUCACAGUGAUAGCCUCAUGAAGCCCUCAGACAAAGCAUGCCAGCCACAAGGGUCUUACACUGCCUCCUAAGAUCCAUAUAUAAACCAGCACACUAGAGCACACAGAUAUAUAGCAGACUCAAGGGCAUAGUGAGGUUUUACUUCAGUGGACUUGGAGUCUUCAGCGUUAAGAGGUUUUGGUUGGGUCUGAGGACACUUGUUGGAAAAACGUUUCUGAACUUGGCACACAACACAGCUUUUGGACAAAAUGGCACUACGACAGAACUCCGACAAAGACCCGACUAUUGAACUCUUCAUAAAGGCUGGCCACGAUGGAGAGAACGUGGGCAACUGCCCAUUCUGCCAGAGGCUCUUCAUGGUCCUGUGGCUGAAAGGAGUCAAGUUCACCGUUACCACCGUUGACAUGAGGAAGAAGCCAGCAGAGCUGAAGGAUUUGGCACCAGGGACCAACCCUCCGUUCCUCCUGUACAACGGAACCCUCAAGACAGACUUUAUCAAGAUCGAGGAGUUUCUGGAGCAAACACUGGCCCCUCCCAGGUAUCCACACCUUAGCCCAGUCAACAAAGAGUCCUUUGACGUGGGUGCGGACAUUUUCGCGAAGUUCUCCGCUUUCAUCAAGAACAACCCAGCCAACACUACUUUCCAAGAGAAGGCGCUGCUCCGGGAGUUCAAGCGGCUGGAUCUCUACCUGAACUCCCCCGUCCCAGAAGAGAUUGACCACAACUCCAGAGAAAGCAUCACCCUCUCCAAGAGAAAGUUCCUGGAUGGCAACCAUCUCACCCUGGCAGAUUGCAACCUGCUGCCCAAGCUGCAUGUCAUCAAGAUUGCUGCCAAGAAGUACUGUGACUUUGACAUCCCGGCCCAGUUCACCGGUGUUUGGAGGUACCUGAACAAUGCCUACGAGAGGGAGGAGUUCAGUCAGACCUGCCCUGCCAACAUCGAGAUCGAGAAGGCUUACCUGGACGUGACCAAUAAGAGGCUGUAAACCUAUAACCAACUUUUAACCAACCAUUACACGACAUGUUCUCUUUUACUAUUACCUUACAUGGAAAUGGUAACUCAUUCACCCCCCAAAAAAUAUAACACAUUUUUGGGAGGCCACAGCAAUCAUUAUCAAAGUAUCUCAAGUCAAUCCUGCAUCAGGAUGCCUUUGAAAUCGAUAGGCAUUCUAGGAAUCAAAUCAGUACAGAAGUUCACACCCGCUUAAUUAAAGUGCAUUAUGUUAAAAAGUGCAUUAUUUACAAAAUGCCUUGUGUUUUACCGACAAUUGACUAAUAGGCUGCUACAGUAACUAAGGUCUAUGUAUGAUGUUUAUUUCAAGUAAUUAUACUGCCAAUUCCCAUUAUAUGCCACACUAAAUAGGCCAAGUGUGCAAUUUGACUGUUUAUCUAAUUAAGUGUUUCUUUGUCCAUAGUGUAAAUACAUAUCUUUUUUUCACAUUUUGUUUUUUCACCUGAACACCCAUAAAAUUAGAAUAAGACCAUAAGAGUGUAUUCUAAUUAUGUGUGAGUGAAUGUAGUGAUAUAAAAUCUAUUUUAGCAGUUCUCAUGAUUACCAUAAAGAAUAGUCAAUUAUCAUGUAAAUAAGUGUAGGUCAAAUGUUUUACCAUAAUACAUUACACCUGCCUGAUUCUAGUUUUUUCAAACUAUGUGAACUAAAAUAAAAUCUAUUUCAUGAGUCUGACCCUC